AUGCCCAAAUCGUCUUCUUUGUCACUAGCCAUGCGGCCCAAAGGCGGAAAGGACAACGUCAACUCUCCGCUUAGCCCCAUAAGCCCAUCGUCCCCAGACAUGAACGGCAACGCCCCCAACGGUGCAACACCGACCGCCCCCUAUCACGACAUGCCUGCUUCGCCUGCCUCGCCCAAACCCCGAAAGGAUUCCAAGAGCAUCUUUUCCAAUUUCUCCGCCACGCGAUCUUCAUCGCGCUUAACGAACCCCGAAAAUUCCAGUCGCCAAUUGCCUGAACCACGAGAGAGUCAAACAGCGAUCUAUGUCAAUGGUCGCAGCGGCAAUUCUACGCCAGACUUGAGUCGUCCGGUCCAAACACCGAAUUCUGAUGGUAAGUCACACGCUAACACCACACUGACAGCGACAGACAAUCGAUCUGAAACCAUUCCCUUUGAGCAGCGAAGUGGUUCCGGCAAGUCAAGCGAGGCAGCAGAGAUCGGUCCAGACACUCCAAACUCAAAGCGCGAUAAAUCGAAAGCGAAGAAACAAAGCGGCAUGCUUGGGCGAUCGAGGUCAAUCAAAACCGAUGAAGGGUCUGGGCGAACGAAACUCAACAAGGUUCAGCCUGCCAAACUAUCACCAGAUGCGACAGCAUCAUGGACGCAAAACGGCGAUGGUGCACUACUAAAAAGCGCGCCAAUGGAGAAGGACAAAUCAUGGCGCUCAAACAUGGCGUUUGGCAAACUCCGAACCCACUCCGCAGAUCGGCACGACGCCUCUCAGCUCGCACCACGUGACCAUGAUGACGCGCGAAGAGACCGAGGGGAGCAGAGCUCCGUGGCCUCGGGUUCCUAUAACGAGAGCCGUGGCGCUCAGUUGAUGUCCAACAUGGGUUCUGGUGCUAUGAAAGUCGGCGAGAAGCUCAAUUCGGCUCGUAAGGGUCUCUUUGGGAAGUUGGGUCGAAGCUCGAGCAACCAUGAAAGGGAGCUCCAAAUCCCCAAGGAACAGUAUCAGUUCAAGAUCAUUCACACGCCGUUGGUCGAACAGACGAGAUUGACCAGGAUCUCGAACCGGUUGGAGAAUUCCAAGGACAAGACGGAAUUCUGGAUGCCAGCGCUACCUUGGCGUUGUAUCGACUAUCUGAACAUGAAAGGAUGUGAGGAGGAAGGCCUAUACCGAGUUCCUGGUGCCGCUCAUCAGAUCAGAUAUUAUGAGCAGAAGUUUGAUCAAGAUCGCGACAUAGACCUCAUCGCAGACGAAAACUUGAACGAUCCAAACGUCAUUGGUUCGUUGUUCAAGAAUUGGCUGCGCCAAUUGCCCGAUGAAAUCUUUCCCAAGGCUAUUCAAUCGCGGAUCCAGCAAGAGUGUCAAGGUGCGAAGAGUACGCCUCAGCUCUUGAAAGAUGAGCUGUCUAAGCUGCCGCCAUUCAACUACUAUCUCCUGUUCGCUAUCACCUGCCACAUCAGUCUGCUCCACUCUUGCUCGGAGUUCAACAAAAUGAACUACAACAAUCUGUGCAUCUGCUUCCAACCCGCUAUCAAAAUUGACGCAUUUUGCUUCCAAUUUUUGAUCCUGGACUGGCGCAAUUGCUGGCAGGGGUGCUGGACUGAGAAAGAGUACCUGGCUGAAGAGGUGAAGUUGCUGGAUACCAGUGCAAUGCAGACGCAGCCCCAUCCUACUCCUUCCCGCAACGGACACAGCUCGGGCAAGACAAAGGGCUCACAGUCAUCGGGAUUUCUAGGGGACAACUUCAAGUCUCCCUCGGCACGGAACGAUUCGAGAGACAGAAAGGCACCCUCUUCGCGGGGAGUGUCUUCAGAUAGGAGUCUGGCUUCUGGACGUGCAACCCCGCCGAACUCAUCUCUUCUGUCUUCCGAGAAGUCCAACAGUUCAAAGCGUGGAGGCACGCACGAGAGGGACAUGUCGGCGGACCGAGCAAUCUCUUCGUCAGACAGCCGUGAAGCGUUCAAUGCGCGCUCGACUCCAAAACGAGCACCAGCAUCAGUCAGCGCCGACACUAUAGACGAUGAAGACACCAGUGCGACGCCUACUCAGGCACAGCACAGCAGAGGUCCUUCGGAGAGCCAAUUCCGCCUUGAUCUCAACAAUCCGCCCAGUUCCCCAUUUUCAAUAGACUUUAAUGGACCUAAUGGACGGUAA